AUGGCGAUGAAGAUUUGCGUGGAAUUCAUGAGUGGAAACGUGUGCACCAUGGAAGUUUGGCCGGAAAUGAAAAUCAGAGAGCUGAAGGAGAAGCUGAAGGCCUCCCAUCGGUUUGAGGACGACGCCACCCGGCGGCUCACUGCUGUGGAGCUCUUCCUGGGUGGUCGGAAACUGCAUGAUUGGUUUGAUGUUGAGAGAGCUGUCUCAGUUACCACUGAAAACGUGCAGGUCGUGUUCUCGCUGGACCCACCAGUUGAGUGUGUUUGCAAGUCGGCACCUGGCUGCGAGGAUCGGAUCUUAUUUGACGUUCGCAUCCCGGAGGGCACGACUCGGAUUGAAGCCACUGCCUUUCGAAACUGCCGCCACUUGGUGCGGGUGGCCACCCAUGAGUCGUUGCUGGAGAUCGGAGACGUGGCCUUUGAAAAUUGCAGCGCUUUGUUGGCGAUGAACGUCCCAGAGUCUGUGAGGAAGAUCGGCUGGGGUGCGUGUAAAGGCUGCAGCUCUUUGACGGACCUAAAACUCCCCAAGUUGACUGAAAUGGGACAUGAAGCUUUUGCUGGUUGCAGCUCUUUGACAAGCUUGGCAAUCCCGGAGUCCUUGACUGAAAUCAGGACUUAUGCUUUUUACAACUGCCGAUCUCUGAGGAACUUGACCCUGCCAGAGUCUCUGACUGAGAUUCAAGCUGCUGCCUUUUCUGGCUGCACUUCUUUGAGGAGCUUGAGAAUUCCCAACUCAGUGACCAAAAUUGGAAGCGAAGCCUUUCGCGGCUGUAGAUCUUCGACCAGCCUGGCCAUCCCGGGGUCUGUGACUGAGAUUGGCUACUGUGCGUUUGAAGGCUGCAGCGCUUUGGAACGUUUGACCCUGCCAAACUCCACGAAGAUUGGCCGUGGGGCCUUUGAUGGCUGCAGAUCUGCGAUCAAGCUGCAACUGCAGUUUUCUCCCGCAGGCUGUGACUUCUGCUGCAUGUUUCUGCUGAAGUGGGAGAGGCUGUAG